CUUGCGUCUUUUACGAACAAGUCGUAUAAACUUCAGUACGACGACGAAUGGAAACAAAUGUGUGUUCUUUCUUUUCUAUAAUCGCGCUAGACCCCGCACAGUCAACAAUCUGGGUGAAAAUCAAUACGGCACUGAAAACACCACAGCAGGUUUAUUUGCGCUUCGGGUGUUUUUGUGUACUCGCAGUGACAAGCACGCGUGGGCUGAUGAAGCCACACUUUAAUUCAUCAUCCAUCCCUCAAACAGGACGUGGGAAAGGUUUAGAACAGCCUCCUCCAGCAGUGUUGCCAAGCCCGAGGGGAGACACCGGCCAACACUGCAGCGGGCGGAAAGCACAGUGAAAUAACGAUGGGCUCCUCAGGACAAGGCUGGCCUUUGCUGACAUUUGGACUUCUGCUGGGGCUUCAUCACACCUCCUGUAUCUGGAUCCUCAAUGUUGUCUUCCCUCCAAAUUCCAACGCUCAAAACCAGAGCAACGUCACACCUCCACUCAUCAUUGUUCCAGGAAACUUGGGGAACCGUCUGGAAGCUAAGAUAAAUAAGCCACAGCUGGUCCACUGGAUGUGCUACAAGAAAACAGAUCAUUGGUUCCCUUUGUGGAUUGACCUCAACAUGUUCAUGCCUGUUGGUGUGGACUGCUGGAUUGAUAACAUUAGACUUGUUUACAACAGGACAUCAAGACGGUCAUUCAACUCACCAGGCGUGCAAGUGCGGGUGCCAGGUUUUGGACAAACCUACUCCAUUGAGUUUCUUGACAAUAACAAAUUGGCAGGUUAUUUUUACACCAUGGUGCAGCAUUUAGUGAAUAUUGGCUACACUCGAAACGGGACACUCCGAGGGGCACCGUAUGAUUGGAGGUUAACUCCGAAUGAGAAUGAAGAGUAUCUACUAAAGUUGCAGGAGUUGGUGGAACAGAUGUACGAUCAGUACCAGGAGCCUUUGUACUUGCUGGGGCACAGUAUGGGCUGCCAUUACGUCCUCUACUUCCUCAACCAUCAGCCUCAGGCCUGGAAGGACAAAUACAUUCGGGGCUUCAUUUCCCUGGCGGCUCCGUGGGGGGGCGCCGUUAAAGUACUGAGAGUCCUGGCAUCAGGGGAAAAUGACGGACUACCAUUGAUUUCCAACAUCAAGAUCCGGGAGGAGCAAAGGAUGGCGACGACUAAUCCCUGGAUGCUGCCAACAGAGAAGGUGUGGCCAAAGGAGCACAUAUUGUUAUCCACACCAAAGUUCAACUAUACCAGACAGGACUACCAGCGCUUCUUCAAAGACAUAAAUUUUGAGGAUGGAUGGUACAUGUGGGAAGAUACGAAGAACCUGACUGCUGAUCUCCACCCGCCCGGUGUUGAGGUGUGGUGUAUGUACGGCGUUGGGCUACCUACUCCAGUCACGAAUAUUUACGACGACGGGUAUCCCAACGCAGACCCCAUAGACUAUGUUUAUGACGAUGGCGAUGACACCGUGGACAGCCGAAGCAUGAGUCUUUGCAAAAACUGGUCGGGACAGCAGGAGAAGCCUGUACAUGUUACAGAAUACAAGGGUCUGUCACACCUGGAUAUUGUAUUCAAUGAAAAGGUGCUCAGUCAAAUACAGCAAAUUUUAGAGGGGAAAUCUGAGAUGCCCAAAGAAGUUGAUGUCAAGUCUGGGGAGAUAUAGCAAAUUUUCAAGUUGGAUUAAAAAGCACAUGCAGCAAUAACAAGUUGUCUAAGACUGACCCCAAGUUUAUAAAAACGAUCCCUAGUUUUAAACUGUAUCCUUUUUUUUUUCAAAAUUAAUUUUGUAGUUCAUAAAGAUGUCUUGCUUUUUAGUGGUUACAGUGCAAUUUUUAAUUGCCUAUAAUUAUUCAAUGUGCUUGAUGGAAUUUUUAUGUAAAACAGAGACUGGAGGUAACAGGACGUAUACAAUGUUUUUAUCCUGCACCAAUAUAUACAUCCACUGUAAAACCAA